AUGGUUACUCACUACUAUAACCUGGUCAGAAUGGUUACUCACUACUAUAACCUGGUCAGAAUGGUUCCUCACUACAAUAACCUGGUCAGAAUGGUUCCUCACUACUAUAACCUGGUCAGAAUGGUUCCUCACUACAAUAACCUGGUCAGAAUGGUUCCUCACUACUAUAACCUGGUCAGAAUGGUUACUCACUACAAUAACCUGGUCAGAAUGGUUACUCACUACAAUAACCUGGUCAGAAUGGUUACUCACUACAAUAACCUGGUCGGAAUGGUUACUCACUACUAUAACCUGGUCAGAAUGGUUACUCACUACUAUAACCUGGUCAGAAUGGUUACUCACUACUAUAACCUGGUCAGAAUGGUUACUCACUACAAUAACCUGGUCAGAAUGGUUACUCACUACAAUAACAUGGUCAGAAUGGUUCCUCACUACAAUAACCUGGUCAGAAUGGUUCCUCACUACUAUAACCUGGUCAGAAUGGUUCCUCACUACUAUAACCUGGUCAGAAUGGUUCCUCACUACUAUAACCUGGUCAGAAUGGUUCCUCACUACUAUAACCUGGUCAGAAUGGUUCCUCACUACAAUAACCUGGUCAGAAUGGUUACUCACUACAAUAACCUGGUCAGAAUGGUUACUCACUACUAUAACCUGGUCAGAAUGGUUCCUCACUACAAUAACCUGGUCAGAAUGGUUACUCACUACUAUAACCUGGUCAGAAUGGUUCCUCACUACUAUAACCUGGUCAGAAUGGUUCCUCACUACUAUAACCUGGUCAGAAUGGUUCCUCACUACUAUAACCUGGUCAGAAUGGUUACUCACUACAAUAACCUGGUCAGAAUGGUUACUCACUACUAUAACCUGGUCAGAAUGGUUACUCACUACUAUAACCUGGUCAGAAUGGUUACUCACUACAAUAACCUGGUCAGAAUGGUUACUCACUACAAUAACCUGGUCAGAAUGGUUCCUCACUACUAUAACCUGGUCAGAAUGGUUCCUCACUACAAUAACCUGGUCAGAAUGGUUACUCACUACAAUAACCUGGUCAGAAUGGUUACUCACUACUAUAACCUGGUCAGAAUGGUUACUCACUACUAUAACCUGGUCAGAAUGGUUACUCACUACAAUAACCUGGUCAGAAUGGUUCCUCACUACAAUAACCUGGUCAGAAUGGUUCCUCACUACAAUAACCUGGUCAGAAUGGUUCCUCACUACAAUAACCUGGUCAGAAUGGUUACUCACUACUAUAACCUGGUCAGAAUGGUUACUCACUACUAUAACCUGGUCAGAAUGGUUACUCACUACUAUAACCUGGUCAGAAUGGUUACUCACUACUAUAACCUGGUCAGAAUGGUUACUCACUACAAUAACCUGGUCAGAAUGAUUACUCACUACAAUAACCUGGUCAGAAUGGUUACUCACUACUAUAACCUGGUCAGAAUGGUUACUCACUACAAUAACCUGGUCAGAAUGGUUACUCACUACUAUAACCUGGUCAGAAUGGUUACUCACUACUAUAACCUGGUCAGAAUGGUUACUCACUACAAUAACCUGGUCAGAAUGGUUACUCACUACUAUAACCUGGUCAGAAUGGUUCCUCACUACAAUAACCUGGUCAGAAUGGUUCCUCACUACAAUAACCUGGUCAGAAUGGUUACUCACUACUAUAACCUGGUCAGAAUGGUUCCUCACUACUAUAACCUGGUCAGAAUGGUUCCUCACUACAAUAACCUGGUCAGAAUGGUUCCUCACUACUAUAACCUGGUCAGAAUGGUUCCUCACUACUAUAACCUGGUCAGAAUGGUUACUCACUACUAUAACCUGGUCAGAAUGGUUACUCACUACUAUAACCUGGUCAGAAUGGUUACUCACUACAAUAACCUGGUCAGAAUGGUUACUCACUACAAUAACCUGGUCAGAAUGGUUCCUCACUACUAUAACCUGGUCAGAAUGGUUACUCACUACUAUAACCUGGUCAGAAUGGUUACUCACUACAAUAACCUGGUCAGAAUGGUUCCUCACUACUAUAACCUGGUCAGAAUGGUUACUCACUACAAUAACCUGGUCAGAAUGGUUACUCACUACAAUAACCUGGUCAGAAUGGUUACUCACUACAAUAACCUGGUCAGAAUGGUUACUCACUACUAUAACCUGGUCAGAAUGGUUCCUCACUACUAA